AUGGCACGCGCUGGCGACACCGUUCUCAUCCCGUCUGGCGCAUUUGUCGACUUGCGUUCGCCGAUCAAUGUGACCACGUCAAACAUAACUCUGCGAAUAGAUGGAACCUUGGCAGCGAGCACGCCGCCUCGAGAGGGGUGGCCUGUCCUCCCUCCACUUCCGACAUACGGUCGAGAUCGCGAUGGCGCCAAGUCGCACCGACACCACCCAAUCCUUCUUACGCAUCGCGCAGAGCAUGUGAGAAUUAUCGGAGAGGGCAACCUCGAUGGCGGCGGCUCGUGGUGGUGGACGCACCGUCACGCGCUCGCUGCCGGCAGGCCACACCUGAUCGAAGUCUACUCGUGCACACAUAUCGAACUUUCUGGCCUUCGACUCAGCAAUUCGCCAUUUUGGACCGUUCAUGUCUUCAACUCGUCCCACGUGCACGCGCGAUACCUCACGAUUCGCGUCUCGCCUCGCACCGCGCCUCAAAGGGCUUGGACGUAUGAGGGCAUGGCACCGCUCUAUGCACCAAACACGGACGGAAUAAAUCCAGACUCUUCGAGCAACGUUCUCAUCGAGCACAACGACAUUUCCUGUGGCGAUGACCAUGUGGCGAUCAAAUCGGGUAUGAAUCAGGUAGCUCGCGACCCUCUGCACUCCUAUCGCACCUCUAACAUCACGGUGCGCCGCAAUAUAUUCCGCCUUGGAAUGGGCGUGUCUAUUGGUAGCGAGACGGCUGGGGGGGUCAGACACGUCCGUGUGCUUGACAACGUCUUCACCGGGGGCUCGUGGGGAAUCGCAUUGCACGUCAAGACUGCUGCACAGCGCGGGAACUCGAUCGAGGAUGUCUCGUUCCACCACAACAUGGUGCACAACAUGACUGCGUUGAUGCGCCUGUCGACGUUCGGAAAGAGCGUCAUGCCCACUAGCCACGCGCCGACGAGCGUCAAAGGGCUCGCCUGGGAGCACAAUGUCUUCGCGGGCAAGGGCAGCAGGCGCCUUCGCUCCAAGUUUCUGUGCCCGUCACAUGCCCACUGCGCCGAUGUGCGCGUGGCCAACAACACGCUGCCGCCCGGCGCUGUAUGGCGAUGCGCCGCCGUGAGGCUAGAGGUUGGAGCAGGUGAGACGCGGCCUCGAGGGUGCGGGUAA